AUGUCCGAAAUUCAACUAGACGAGCAGAAAUUGGGAGAUGUCAAGGGCAAAGUUGCUGUUGUUACAGGCGGUGCGAGCGGAAUUGGAGAGGCUAUCGUCCGGCUAAUCCACAAGAAGGGCGGGUUCGUCUUCUUCGGCGACGUCAACGCAACAGCAGGACAGAGCAUCUCCAGUGAGUUGGGCGGGGGAGCUACCUUUAUGAGAGUCGACGUUCUCAGUUGGAAAGAGUUACGGGGUCUCUUUUCAGCUGCCCGAGAGGCGCAUGGUAGAGUUGAUUUCGUCUUCGCCAACGCAGGUAUAAAUCAGGCCGAAGUCUUCGACGAAGACAUACUCGAUGAGGACGGAGAGCUGGCCGAUGUCGGCCUUCCGACUGUUGACGUCGACCUCACUGCCGUGAUCAAGACAUCGCGACUUGCGUGGCAUCAUUUCAGACGAAACAGUCCUCCGGGUGGCAGUCUCGUCAUAACCGGCUCUACUUCCAGCUAUAAUGCAAGACCAAACAUUCGAGUAUACUCGGCAGCGAAGCAUGGAGUUCUUGGACUGAUGCGAGCUCUCGCGGCAGAUGGGCCUAAGUACAACAACAGCACUAGUUUGAUUGCCCCAAGUGCUACGGCUACGGGAAUUCUUGAUGUCACUGCUCGAGCUGCAUACGAGAGAUUGGGUAUACAGGUCCAGUCAUCGGACUAUGUCGCUCUAGGUGCCUUAUUCUUGGCUAGCAAUGGGCAACUGACGAAUGGAUACGGUCUCAAUUUGAUGAACUUUCGAGCGCUCGAAGUCGAAGGCAAGUUGGCAGAGCUGCAGCCUCAAUGGCAAGGCUUUGUGUACGAAUUGGCCGCUUCCGCUUCCAACAUCAGUUUCAAGCGAUGA